AUGCCUGACCCCGCGAAAUCCGCUCCCGCCCCCAAGAAGGGCUCGAAGAAAGCGGUGACCAAGGCCCAGAAGAAAGACGGGAAGAAGCGCAAGCGGAGCAAGGUGCUGAAGCAGGUCCACCCCGACACGGGCAUCUCGUCCAAGGCCAUGGGCAUCAUGAACUCGUUCGUCAACGACAUCUUCGAGCGCAUCGCCGGCGAGGCUUCCCGCCUGGCGCACUACAACAAGCGCUCCACCAUCACGUCCCGGGAGAUCCAGACGGCCGUGCGCCUGCUGCUGCCCGGGGAGCUGGCCAAGCACGCCGUGUCCGAGGGCACCAAGGCCGUCACCAAGUACACCAGCUCCAAGUAAAACGACC